GUUAUAUCAUCACCUCUGCGAGCUCUCUCACCACGGUCUCUCCACUCCUACCAUCUCGCAACUUACUUAGUUCUUUUUUCCCCGAUGGCACACAUACCAAUUCCCGGCGUUUGGGUAGGAGCGACAGUCCGUCUUGAAAGAUCGGAAUGGACAAUCAUGGAAACGAUCAAUCACUGCGAAUUCCCCUGUAGUCGAGCCGAAGCAGCCAGAUUGGAGACGCGCCCCUUUACGUGUGCGAGGUUUCGUGUGCGCAGGACUGAUAAUGAUACCAAGGCUUUUAUGAGAGUCUACCGCCAAAUCCCCAUUGCGGGAACCGAGAACGACAGCCCGGCGCAACGUGCCCGGCAGGCCAUAUCGGACGACCACGUUGAGCCUGCCGCGCUCGAGAAAUCUACGAAUCGCCGUUUGAAGUGCACCCCUGCUCUCUUGGACAGAAAGCUAGACCGCCAGGAUCAGAGCGGCUAUGUUCCGGGCGAAUAUCACACCACCAUUGUCUGGAGCACUCUCCCCGGGAUCAGGCUCGGGGACGUAUUCGGCCCUGACACCUUCUGGUCUAUGCCACGCGAGGAGAGAGACUUGAUCCGGGCUGAAUUCCGGACAAACAUUAUGUUCGUUUCCGAUGUCUUGAACCAUGAUCUACCAUAUCACUUUGUUGACUGA